AUGUUUUCAUUUCUUAAAAAAAAAAAAGUAAAGCAACUCGAUAAUCAACAACAACAAACACAACAACAGUCGCAACAACAUCAAAUUCCAAUAAUCAAUGAAAAUAAAGAAAAUUUUAUAAAUCGAACAACUAAACAACAACAACAACAACAGCAUUAUCGUCGAGAUAAUGAAUCAGGUGGUUUUGAUUAUUCAUCAUCUGUUGUAUCACCACCAUCGAAUUCAAAGAAAACUUCAUGUACACCUCGUACAUCAUCACCAAUAGCACAUGACAAAAAUCUUUCAGCAUUUCAUGCAAAUACAGAUCAAACAUCGAAAAUUCACAUUGAUGUUAGUCAUAAUCCAUCAGAUAAAUUAUUACUUAUAUGUGAUUCAAAUGAAUCGAGUCCGCAUUAUUUAACAGAUACUGUUUUAUCCAGUUUACCACAGCAUAAAAGUUGUCACGGGAGUACCUUAGGUACAACAUCACCAAGUCAAAUAGGUGCAAGUGAUCUUAAUCGUGUAUUAACAUCUGGUUAUAUAAAUGGUGAAGAAAAUAUGGGUUAUAUGAAAAGAGCUGGUGAUCAUAUAGCUUCACAUACAAAAUCACCACACUUUCAUCGACCAAUUGGUUUUUCAUACAAUCGAACACAAGCAUUUAGUGUACCAGGAACUAAAAAAGGCAUGAAAGCUCUAGUUACUGGUCAAACAAAAAUUCGUAAAAUACAUUGUUCUGUGCCACACACAGCAACACCUAUAUCAUCACAAUCAGUAUCUUCGACUCCGAAAACAACAAUACAUGAUCCAACAUCUCCUACUCAUCAUCCAGGACCAACAAUUGAAGAAGAACCAAUUGUACUUUCACGUUAUUCAGGUGGUUUUAUACCUGAUCCAUUAGCACCAAAAAAAAUUGAAUCACUUGAUUGGCCAGCACCAAUUGCUAUUCAAGCUGUACCAGAAUUAAUGAAAUCCCAUCGUAGUCGAAGUGAAUCUCGUGCUGAAUCCCGUUCAAAUCGUUCUCAUCAUCAUAGUCAAACAACAACACAUGGAAUACAUACUUUAUCUCCGUCAUCUCCUCCUCUUCCUGAACUAUCUUUAGCUUCCAAUGAUCAUGAACAUGAUCAACAACCUCCAACAGAUGAUAUAACAAUAACAAGUGGAAAUUUUAAUGAUGAUGAUGAUGACGAUGAAUAUAUAACUGAUGGUGAAAUACGUCAUGAUAUUCAAUUAGAAAAAGAUAUUAAUAUGAUGUCUAAAUUAAAAGAUACAUCAGGUAUGGCACAUGCAUUACUUGAAGAUCUACGUACACAAGAAAAAUUAAUCUCAAGACAAUUACCACUCGAUCCUUGGAAAGCAUCACGUUCACCAUCAGCAGCUGUUGAACCACCACGACGUUGUCGUUUUGAUUCACCUAAAUUUGCAUCACCAUCAAGACGUGUUCAUACACAUUCAUCAUCAACAACAAAUGCAGACGAUAGUCUAGCCGGUUUAUCAACAUCAAUAUCAACAACACCAGGUGGUGGUGGUGGUGGAAAACGUGUUACAUUACCAAGAUAUCAACAACAAGUGCUUCGACCUGGUUAUGGUUUGACAUCAUCACCGAAAGCUCAAACAUUACCCACAUGUCUUGAUAUACAAAGAAGUUGUGAUUUAGAUUCAACUGAUCUUGGAACAACAAAUUCAUAUUAUUCAAAUGAUAACGAUCAUCAUAAAUCAAUAAAGACCGUUGAUGCUGGCGAUAGUGGUAAUAAUCGUCGAUAUUUAGAUUCACAACAUGCACAUUCAACUCGUUCUGCACCAACAUUAAUAAGUAAUCCAAAAUUGUAUACAUACGAAGAAUUAAAAAUUAUGUCGAAAAAACGAUUACCGUCAGAUGUUGAUCGAGAUCGUCUAGAGCGUCAUCUGUCUGAUAAUGAAUUUCAUACAUUAUUCCAAAUGACUCGAUCGGAUUUUUAUCGUUUACCCGAAUGGCGACGUAUUGAUCUGAAAAAACGCUUCAAACUUUUUUGA